AACUGUGCAAAGAAAGAUACGUACGCAGACACAGAGCCAAUGUGUUGAUAUUAUUGGGAGAGAGUCUCAAUAAUGGAGUUGUUGCCGCCGACGAACGUAUGGGUCUGGACAUUGUUGGCCGUCGUGCUGACGUGGACGGUGUUUCACGCAACCAGGAAGACAAAGAAGAAGAGCAUCACGGCAGAGGUCAGAAAAGGGUGCGGCGGCACUGACGUCAUCAUCGUCGGAGCUGGCGUCGCCGGUGCUACUCUCGCUUAUGCUCUUGCUACGGACGGGAGACGCGUGCACGUGAUAGAGAGAGACUUGAGAGAACCAGACAGGAUGAUGGGUGAGGUGAUGCAACCGGGAGGCCGCCUAAUGUUGGCCAAACUAGGACUCCAAGAUUGUUUGGAGGAAAUCGAAGCGCAAAAACUGACGGGCUUGGUCGUCUACAAAGACGGGAAACAUGGAAUUGCACCCUAUCCCGUGGACGACAACUUCCCUUAUGAACCAUGCGCUCGAGGGUUUCGCAACGGUCGUUUUGUCCAAAGGCUACGCCACAAGGCUGCCUCUCUUCCCAAUGUGAGGAUGGAAGAGGGAACUGUGAGUUCUUUGGUAGAAGACAAGACUGGAGAUAUCAAAGGAGUGAAGUACAAGAGCAAGACUACUGGUGAAGAAACAAUAGCUUUGGCAGCUCUCACAGUGGUUUGCGACGGUGCAUAUUCGAAUCUCCGCCGCUUUCUCCAUAGCUCAAAGGUAGAGUUGUAUACAUAUUCAUUGGGUUUCGUCGCGAAGAACUGUAGACUUGAAGAUCCAAAUAGUUUACAUUUGAUAAUGUCGAAGCCAACGAUAACAAUGUUGUACCAAAUAAGCAAUGACGAGGUUCGUUGUACCACUGAGGUUCUCCCCGAGAAUGUUCCUUCUGGCACAAACGACGAAAUGAUUUCCUUCCUUGAGAAAGUUUUUGUUCCUCAGUUACCUCCCAAACUACGGGAUAUAUUCGUGAAGGGAAUCAAUGCAGGACCAGAGAUAAAGAAAGUUCCGACGAAGAGGAUGACAACAUCUUUGUCCUGCAAGAAUAAGAAGGGAGUGAUUGUGUUAGGAGAUGCAUUCAACAUGCGACAUCCUGUAAUCGCGUCAGGAAUGAUGGUUGUGUUGUCCGACAUUGUUAUUCUCCGUGAUCUUCUAAGACCUUUAGACAACCUCAACGAGGUUAAGAAACUCUCUGAGAUUGUCAAAUCCUUUCACCAGCUCCGCAAACCGAUGUCAACAACGGUAAACACAUUGGCUGAUUUGUUUCACCGAGUACUUUGUGCAUCUAAAGACGAAGCAAGAGAAGCGAUGCGCCAAGAAUGCUUCGUUUACCUCUGCAGUGGAGGUGUUUUCACGUCGGGAUUGAUGUCUCUAAUCGGCGGUAUGAACCCACGACCGCUCUCUCUCGUCCUCCAUCUCUUCUCCAUCACAUUCUCUUCCAUUGCCACUCUGCUCGCUCCCUUUCCUACGCCCCAACGUGUUUGGCUCUGCCUCAGACUUCUUCGGGUGGCUUUGGGGAUGUUGGGUCCGCAUGUGAAGGAUGAAGGAGUGACGCAAAUGUUUUCCCCAGCAGCCGCUUCCGCGUAUCGCAAACGCUAUAUGACCUUAACCGCUGCCUAAACAUCGAUCCGAUUGUAUCAUAUAUGAUCACAGGAAGAUAAUUUCGCUGUAUUUUCAGAGAUUAAAAAAAAUAAAAAGUACAUGCCUUUGAACUAUGUUUAUAUGUUUA